CACUCUCUCAUCUAUAUCUUCCACUCUCUCUAUAUCCUCUUCUAAUCCUACGCACUCCUCAACUAACCUUACGCACCAGACAUACAUAAAAAGACUAAAUUUUACACAUCGGUAUUCGCUAUCGUGCGCCAUUUCUUCUCCGGCGACGGAACUCGUUCGAAAUGGGUGGUGCAGGGGGAAACGGGAACGGUGGAGGGGGAGGACCGCAGCCGUCGGGUGCGGCUGAGUCGCUGUACUCGGCGGCGAGGAUUUCGGUAUGGUGGGAUAUAGAAAACUGUCAAGUACCUAGAGGAUCUGAUCCUCAUGCGAUCGCUCAGAAUAUAAGUUCUGCGCUUGUGAAUAUGAACUACUGUGGACCGGUUUCUAUUUCCGCUUACGGUGAUACAACUAAGAUCUCUUCUUCUGUUCAGCAGGCGCUUAAUAGUACUGGAAUCGGCCUUAAUCACGUUCCUGCAGGUGUCAAAGAUGCAAGUGAUAAGAAGAUUCUUGUGGACAUGUUAUUCUGGGCAGUUGACAAUCCUGCACCUGCUAACUAUUUGUUGAUUUCGGGAGAUCGUGAUUUUUCAAACGCACUUCAUCAAUUGCGCAUGCGCAGAUAUAAUAUUCUUCUCGCACAACCUCAAAAAGCUUCUGUUCCCCUUGUUGCUGCUGCGAAGACUGUAUGGCUCUGGACAAGCCUUUCAUCUGGAGGACCUCCUCUCACAAAUAGUGAAUCAAGUCAACUUGUAAAUAGCAGCUACGGUUCUUUACCCACUUUAGAUGCAUUAUCAACGUCGUCUAGUGACUCCAGUCUGAUAAACCAGCUUGACACUUUCCAUGAAAACCCGCAAAUGAAGUUUAACAAUUUGGGAAGGGGUACAGAUAUUAAGCAGAAGGGCAAACCAGUUCGUAGAAGUGUGAAUCAACCCAAUAUAUCACGAACUUCAUCUGGCACACAAGAAAAUCAUAGUGCUGCAAACUUUCAUCAACCAGGAUAUGGAUAUCCUAAGCAGUUCAAUGAUUCAGUGGAGUUACCUGGAGCUCAUAAUUCAAGAACUCCUUUCAGUGGGCCUGUACCAAGCGGUGUUCCUGGUAAUCCUGAGCCAUCCUGGACGAAUGGAAACAACUCACAGAACAAUUAUCAAAACAAUUAUCCUCCAGGAAGGCCAAACAACCUCCCAGUAUCACCGGUAAUUCCAUCUGGUAAUUUCUUACCACCUAAUUCGCAUGUGCAUCAUUCACAUUCAAUGCCUCCUAGGUCUGAUGCAAUUGGCUACACCUCAGGCCCUCAAAUAUCUAUGCCUGAUAUGGGUAAGCUAAAAGUCAGUGAAAACUCCAAUAAUGGUCAUAAUCGUCCUUUUUCUCAAACGUGGAAUGGAGAAUCGAGACAACCUCCUAACAUCGAGAAUUCUUAUACAAAUACAAAUGGGCCUCAUAAAGGACACAAUUUGCAGAAGAAAACACCAUUUUAUGUUGAAAAAGAGGUAAACAGGUAUCCACAUCCCAGCCCUGAGAUUCCACCACCGUCAUCUAUAGCAAAUAGCAGUAAUGGACCUCUCAAUGGUGUGUGGGGAGCUCCAGGAUGCCCAAAACCUUCUGAUUAUGUUCAAGGCCUUAUUGGAGUCGUUUUACUUGCAUUGAACACCCUUAAAACUGAGAAGAUUAUGCCUACUGAAGCAAACAUCUCUGAUUGCAUCAAAUAUGGAGAUCCAAAACACCGCAAUACUGAUGUUAAGAAGGCUCUCGCGAGUGCAGUUGAACAACAGCUGGUAGUAACACGGAAUUUAGGUGCUCUGCAAUUAUAUGUUGGUAAAAAUGAGAACCUAUGGAGGUGUGUGAAUCCCAUUGGUGGUAAUAUGAAACAAUAUCCCAAAGAAGCAUGGGAUGACCUCCAGAAAUUUCUAUCAUCUUCUGCCGGACGAGCCGCCAUAAGCGCUACUCAGUGCAGGUUUGAAGCAGCAACAGUUAUUAAGAAAAUGUGCUUAAAGGAGCUUGCUUUAGGCGAAAUACUUCAGAUCUUGCACAUGGUUGUUAACAUGAAGAAAUGGCUUGUACAACCUCAAUCCGGAUGGCAACCAAUUAAGUUUACUCUCGCAGAGAUCGUCCCCGAUUCAGGGGUGGUAGCUGCGACAUAAGAUCUGCGAGAUCUGGUUAUUGACGGGGAGAGAUGGCUUAUAGGUAUUUCUUAUCAGUUCCUUCAUGAGCUUAUCGACUGAACUGGUAAUAGAUCAAUCUAGUACAUUUCUCCUCUUAAAGGGUCGCAAUAGGUUAAGUUGCUGUAUUUAUGGUUAAGUAGAUUGUUCUGGAGUAGAUAUAGUUAUAGUUUGGCUGUUUUAUCUUUUUCCCGGGAAAUCACAAAGCACUUUGACGGGAGCUUAUGUCGGAUAAGAAAAAACCUUCUGAGGCG